CUGGGUACAGCCAGAAAUGUGAAGGGCCUGAGUACUUUCAGUUCUGCUGCCCCAGGGAGGAGAGGCAUUUUAGUCAAGAUCCCAGGAAUUCAGCUUCUAAGUCUCGGUCAUCGGCAUCCUCCUCCAUCCCGGGACGGGACAGGAAGUGUCCGGCCGAGGUGGGGGUGGAAGUGAUUGGCAGUUGGAGGCUCCAAUGGGCCGGGAGCCCCCCCUAUUUCACCUCUCUUCUUCCAUUGGCGCCUGGGUGGAGCCGCCCCCACUGCGGGGGCCCUGGGCGGGAGGGAGUAAAGGCCGGGGCAGAGGGCGCUGGCGGCGGCGGCCGCGGAAGAUGAGCAGCAGCUGCUCAGGGCUGAGCAAAGUCCUGGUGGCUGUGGCUACAGCCCUGGUUUCUGCUUCCUCUCCCUGCCCCCAGGCCUGGGGACCCCCAGGGGUCCAAUAUGGGCAGCCUGGCAGGUCCGUGAUGCUGUGUUGCCCUGGAGUGAAUGCUGGGACCCCAGUGUCCUGGUUUCGGGACGGAGACUCCAAGCUGCUCCAGGGACCCGAUUCUGGGCUGGGUCACCAACUGAUCCUGGCAAAGGCAGACAGUACUGAUGAGGGCACCUACAUCUGUCAGACCCUGGAUGGUGCACUUGCGGGCACAGUGAUCCUGAAGCUGGGCUGUGAGUUAGGGAGGAUGACAGUGAUAAGAUACCCCCCAGCCCGUCCUGUGGUCUCCUGCCAAGCAGCUGACUAUGAGAACUUCUCCUGCAUUUGGAGUCCCAGCCAGGUCAGCGGUUUACCCACCCGCUACCUCACCUCCUACAGGAAGAAGACGGUGCCAGGAACUGAUGGCCAGAGAGUGAGUCCAUCCACAGGGCCCUGGCCAUGCCCACAGGACCCCCUAGGGGCUGCUCGAUGUGUGGUCCAUGGGGCAGAGUUCUGGAGCCAGUACCGGAUUAAUGUGACUGAGGUGAACCCACUGGGUGCCAGCACACGCUUGCUGGAUGUGAGCUUGCAGAACAUCUUGCGCCCUGACCCUCCCCAGGGGUUGCGGGUGGAGUCAGUACCAGGUUACCCUAGACGCCUGCAUGCCAGCUGGACAUACCCCACUUCCUGGCCCCGCCAGCCCCAUUUUCUGCUUAAGUUCCGGCUGCAGUACCGUCCAGCACAGCAUCCAGCCUGGUCCACGGUGGAGCCAGCUGGCUUGGAAGAGGUGAUCACUGAUGCUGUGGCUGGGCUGCCUCAUGCGGUACGUGUCAGUGCCCGGGACUUUUUGGAUGCCGGUACCUGGAGCGCCUGGAGCCCUGAGGCCUGGGGGACUCCCAGCACUGGGCCCCUGCCAAAUGAGAUGCCUGCUGAGAGCCAGCCACAAGUGCAGGUGGAGACAGUAGCUCAUGUGGACAGCCUUGCUCUUCCAAGGCCCUCUCUGCAGCCAGACCCAUGGCCACUUGAUCACAGGGACCCUCUGGAGCAGGUGGCCGUGUCUUUAGGAAUCUUUUCUUUCCUGGGACUGGCGGCUGGGGCCCUGGCACUGGGUUUGUGGAGACUGAGAUGCCCCACAAUGUCAGGGAGACAGCUGCCUUUUUGUGCCCAGGUUGAGGCUGAGACGGGGUGGGAAGGAUGGACCCCAAAAGCCUGAGUUCUUGGCCCCAAUGAUUCCAGUGGACAAACUUCCAGGUGCUCCAAACCUGUAGAGGACCCAGAAGAACUUCAGAUUUCACCUACAAGUCUGCCUUGCUGGUCUGGAUGAAAGGACAGAUAGAACCAAGCAGGGCAGUAGAUCCCUUUGGACAGGGUUAUCAGCUGGAAGUUCUGCUGGAACCCAUUUCUUUGAGAUAGUUUAUUCCAAACUUGCCAGCUGAAAGGUGUCAGAACCUCUGACUUCAUCCCAGAGCUGAAGGUCCACCUGAGGAAUGUGCAUGUCUGUGUCCAUAUGUGACCAUAUGUAUGUGAGGUAGGGAGAAUGUGUUCUCUGCAUGUAUGUAUGUAUGUAUGUGCCUGAAGAACGUGUGUAGGUCCUUGCCUCUUGGCCUUGCCCCUUGCAGGGUCUAUGAAGAUGCAAAAUAAAGAGAACGAGGAAGUUGUCAUA